UUCUCCUUGUUUCACAUGGUAUCAGACCAUCCUCUUCCCAUCUAGAUGAGAACUCCCAGCCAAACCUCCUCCACCACCGCAGCCGCCACCAGCUCUGCCCUUUCAUCGCUCACCUCCGGCGCCCUCCAAACCCAGUCCUUAGGCGUCAUGGCAUCCACAUCGCCGUCGCCGUCCUUCACCAGCCUUGUCACCGUCAAGCUCUCCCACGACACCCAUCUGCUCUGAAAGGCUCAAAUCCUUCCGGCGCUUCGCGGUGUCCAUUGGUCCCUCGCUGACGGAUCUGAACCAGCUCCUGACAAGGUGAUCCCUGGUGCUGAUGGAGCGCCGCCGGUUCCCAAUCCCGAGUAUCUUGUUUGGGUCACAAGGGAUCAGCAUUGCCUGAGUUUCCUUCUGUCCACGCUCUCCAAAAACACCCUGCUGCAAGUGUUGUUCCUGCCAUCUUCGACGGCCGUCUGGAGCGCUCUGGAGCAGACCUUCGCGACCCGCUCUCGGGCGCACGUCAUGCAGCUUCGUCGCCAACUCGCCACCAUCCAGAAGGGCGAGCUGUCCAUGGUGGACUACUUCACCAAGGUGAAGGGCUUCACUGACGCCCUUGCAGCCGCCCGCAAGCAGUUGGACGAUGAGGACAUCAUCAUCUACCUGCUGACCGGCCUCGACUCCAGCUACGACCCCCUGGUCACCUCAGUCACCACUCGAGCAGAAGCGAUCUCCCUCAACGAUGUCUACUCCCACAUGCUGGACUUCGAGAUUCGCCACCAACACAACGACCACGCCUUCCAGCUCCCAGGCCCUGGCGGCCCAUCGGUGAACCACAUCAGCCGCAACUCUGGCGGCGGCGGCGGCGGCAGCGGCGACACUGGAGGCAACCGUCCCCGCAAUUCCGGUGGCGGCGGCGGCGGCGGCAAUGACGGGAACGGCGGCAACACCAAUCGCACCUGCAACUCUCCAGGCCACAACCACACUCACGGGUGUGGAGCUCCCAACGCCGGCCGCAACACUGGUAAGAGCGACGUCUUCUGCCAGCUCUGCAAGCGCGCCAGGCAUGAUGACUUCGACUGCUAUCGGCGCUUCGAUCACUCCUUCGUCCGCAAGGAGCGCUCCAUCAACAACGUCUCCACCGGCCAAGGUUUCGAUCCCGCAUGGUACCUUGAUUCAGGGGCCACCGACCACAUAACCGGCGAUCUGGGCAAGCUCAUGAUGCAUGAAAGGUAUACUGGCAAGGAUCAGGUCCAGGCAGCAAACGAAUCAGGAUCGGGCUUCGAGGAAGGCUCUUCUUCGAGGGGGCACUGAUGGAGGGCUCUACCCCAUCACCAGUCGUUCUAGCAGGACACCACAAGCCCUCUCCGCUGUCAAGCACACCCGCACACGGUGGCACUAUCGUCUAGGCCAUCCAGCUUCUCUGGUGGUGGAUCAAGCUCUUCGUCGUCAAAAUUUAGAGUUUUUUCGAGAGUCCAAUAAAAAUAAUCUUCCUGUUUGCGAUGCUUGCCAAUAGGGAAAGAGCCAUCAGCUCCCAUUUUCUAGGUCGAAUAGGUCUUCCUCCAAACCUCUUGAACUCGUUUUUUCAGAUGUAUGGGGGCCUACU